AUGAGGGGGCGAUAUAAUGGAUUACAACAAUUAAUACGUAAUGAAAAUCCUCAAGCAAUAUUUAUUUGGUGUUUCAGUCAUCGCUUAAAUUUAAUUGUCGCUGAUGCAGUUAGUGUAUGUUCAAAUGCCAUGGAUCUUUUCAGAAAUUUAGAACGACUAUACGAUUUUAUAUCUAGCAGUAAAUUUCGUGCAGACGUAUAUGAAGAGCAACAAAAAAAACAUUAUCAUGGACAGCAAAUCCGUCGAUUAAAAAGAGUGUCCUGUACUAGAUGGAUGUCUCAUAAAUUUGCAUUAGAUGUUGUACUAAAUACUUAUGUGGCAACAGUUGAAUGUUUAAAUGUUAUUCGCAGUGAAUCGGGUGACAAAAAAGCUGGUUCAGAAGCUGGAGGUUUUUUAAAUUAUUUUCAGUCAACAAGAUUUGUCUAUACAGCUUAUAGUUUUAAAGUUCUGCUUCAAAUUCUCGAGCUUGUAUCAAGUUUGCUACAAAAAACAGAUUUUGAUUUGUUGGCUGCAUCAUUUUUAAUAAAAAAAAAAUAUGAGGAAAUCGUUUCAUAUCGAUCAGAGGAAUCAUUCAAAAUUAUUUUGGCUGAAUCUGAAGCAUUUAUGGAUUCAAUGCAAAAUAUUGAAUUUCAGCCACUCCUUUCUUAUAGAAAGACAUGCUAG